AUGCCAGUAUCCGAUCUACGAGCGCUUGUGAAGCAGGAGCGCCAUGCGUGGAUUACGUUGCAGAAUAUAGAGGAGUUCUUGGCAGCAUACGAUGAAGAACAUGAUAGAUGUGCAGUUCAGUUUCGCAUGAAGAAAUUAGACGAAGUGUACGAUAAAUAUUGUGAAGUGCGAGUGCAAAUCGAAGUCAUCACUGAUGAAAUAGACGUAGAAGACGCCGCUAAAGAUGAAACCGGAGAGGAUAGUACCAAACAGGUGGCCAUGGCUAAGGCUCGGAAGAGAGAGAACGAGGAAAUAUUUAAGUAUUUUCGGCUGAAACAGCAACUCUUUUCGAAGACGGCUGAAAACCCUAGAGAUGUCGUGGAGCGGCAAUCAGUAGUUGAAACUUGCCAGCCGUCAAGAAUGAAGUAUCCGGAGCUAAGACUUCCUACCUUUUCUGGGAAGCUGUCCGAAUGGAUAAAUUUUCGGGACAACUUUAAGUCGUUGAUCCACGAUAAUGGUCAAUUGAAUUUGAUAGACAAGUUCAAUUAUCUCCGAACGUCAUUGAAAGAUGAUGCGCUACUACAAGUCAACCAAAUUCAAGUCACAGCUGCGAACUAUGGACUAGCCUGGGCCACUCUGGAGUCCAAAUACGAAAACCACAAGCUUAUUGCACAGGAACACAUGAGACAACUGGAAAAGUUAGGAGAAAAUACCGACAACUGGGGCACUCUGCUAGCUUUCAUGCUUUCCCAGAAGCUGGAUGACGAUACAAUUCGCCACUGGGAAACGUGCCACAGCUCAAAGGACAUUCCUUCGUACAAGCCGAUGGUGGAGUUCCUGGAGAAGCACUGUGCCAUACUUCAGUCUACGUCAGCGCGAAGGAGCAGUGAUUUCAAGAAGCCUCUCAAGAGGCAAAUGGUUCACGCUGCAGUAUCAUCAAAUGGAGGUUGCCAAGCGUGCAACGGUGGAGCACAUUCCAUUGAACAGUGUAGGCGCUUCGGGAAGAUGAAGGUUAUCGAUAGGAAGGUUAUUGUGCGAAAGUUUGGAUUGUGUUUGCAGUGUCUACGAUCUGGUCAUUUUGUUGCGGAUUGUUCGAAGCCAACGUGUGGCAGAUGCGGAGGCUGUCACCACUACAUGCUUCACCCAUACGUUGCUCCGGAGAAUCAUGAGCAAAAUUCGAUUCCUCCCUCCUCCCAAGUCCCACCAAAAAGACCUCAAGCCGCGAACCCACCGCCACAGCAAUCCAAUCAGGCCCAAAACCGGAACACUUAUCACAACAACCCACAGUCUACACAAACACCAAGUACAUCUUCGCAAAGUGCACGUUUAUCACCUCCCACCAAUACUCCUACUGUACACCACACUGCUACACCACCAGAAACACAUUACCACUCAAAUAUUGCGCUUUUGUCUACCGCUAUCGUGAAGCUCGGUGACCGCUAUGGAAACACCGUACUUGCACGCGCUUUGCUGGACAACGGAUCACAGAUCUGCAUUAUGUCUGAAUCCUUGUCUCAGAAGCUGAGAUUUCAACGUAUGCGAGAAAAUUUGCCUGUGAAGGGAGUGGGUGGUAGUUCAUCAAUCAGCAAGCAAGCAGUGUUAGCCUCGGUUUCUUCUUGUAACUCGUCGUACGUGUCGUCUGAGCUGAAGUUCUAUGUGCUGUCGAAAAUUACAUCGAACCUACCGCAGCAUAGUUUCGGUAUUUCGUCUUGGAGCAUACCAAAGGGUAUUUCACUUGCGGAUCCAAGUUUCAACGAAUCUGGUGUCGUUGACGUGAUUUUGGGAGCAGUCAUCUUCUACGAUCUUUUGUUGGAAGCACAACGGAAGCUUCAUGGUUCGGGAUUAAUUCUGCGAAAUACACAACUCGGGUGGAUCGUUGCUGGAAGUGUUCCAGAAAAUUCUGUUGUCAGCUACAAUACGGUAGCUUCUACGCCCGUGACUACCGAAGAACUAUUCGAGGAGUUAACUAAAUUCUGGGAGCUGGAAUCAUGCCAUACUAAAAGCUGUUUGUCUGUAGAAGAGUCUGCAUGCGAAGCGAUAUUCGAGGAGACGACUACCAGAGCCUCGGAUGGGAAGUUUCGAGUGACACUUCCGAAAAGGAAGCACAUGCUGGGAAGGUUGGGAGAAUCAAAGGUCAUUGCGAAGAAACGAUUUCUUUCAAUGGAGAAAAGGCUGAGUGCCAACACCGAAAUGAAGGCCUUGUAUACAGCAUUCAUGCAUGAGUACCUGUACAUGGGUCACAUGAAGGAGAUAACAGGAGAAGAUGGAGAUUCAGGCCCAGAGUAUUACAUCCCGCAUCAUGCAGUGUUAAAACCAGACAGCACGACGACAAAAUUGAGAGUGGUCUUCGAUGCAUCGUGCUCUACGGAUUCCGGUGUUGCUUUGAAUGACAUCUUGAUGGUGGGACCAGUCGUUCAAGACGACCUCCGAAGCAUUCUGCUACGUUUCCGGUUGUACAAGUACGCAAUUGUAGGAGACGCAGAAAAAAUGUACCGGAUGGUAUGGUUGCACGAGCAGGAUCAGCAGCUUCACAGGAUAUUUUGGAGAGAAGAAGUUGACGAGCCUUUACGAACUUACAAGCUUACCAAUAUAACGUACGGUACAGCAUCAGCACCAUAUCUUGCAACUCGUAUCUUGAACAAAUAUGCUGAAGAGGGCAGGGAUCGCUAUCCGGUAGGCUCAAAGAGAUUUUAUUCCGACGACAUGCUGGCAGGUUUGCACACGGUCGAAGAUGGCGUGCAGUUUUGUAAAGAAGUUCUGGAACUCCUGAAGGGAUCCGGGUUCAAUCUGAGAAAGUGGAACUCCAACAACCCACAAGUAUUAAAAUCGAUUCCUUCUAAUCUGAGAGAUGACCGUCAAAUACUAGACUUGGAUGAGAAGGCAACUGUGAAGACGCUGGGCCUUACGUGGGAGCCAGCUACCGACACCCUGUGGAUCAAAGUUCCAGAUUGGAGGCCAGGUGGGCCAAUCACUCACCGUGUUGUGCUUUCCGAGAUUCUGUUUGAUCCAUAUGGACUAGUUGGUCCGGUGGUCGUUCUAGGAAAACUUUUUCUCCAAGAAUUGUGGAAGGCCAAGUACUCCUGGGAUGAGCCGCUAAGCCAUGAACUGCAGACACAAUGGUUGGAGUUUAGAUCCAAUCUAUGCGAAUUGGAUACAGUCUCAGUUCCACGGUGGAUCGGUUUCGGAAGAGACAUUAUUUCGUGCGAGUUCCACGGAUUCAGCGACGCAAGCGAUAAAGCAUACGGUGCUGCAGUUUAUUUGCGCUGUAUGGACUGGAACGGAGAUAUCACUGUCAACCUGCUAAUGGCCAAAUCAAAGGUUGCGCCAUUGGAGGAUCUUAGCAGGAGAAAAAAGAAGCAGUCAACACCUAGGUUGGAGUUAUCUGCAGCUCUACUGUUGGCGCAUCUCUAUGAGACCGUUUCGACGAGCAUGGCGAUUGAAGCAAAAUCUUUCUUCUGGACGGAUUCUACAAUAGUCAAAUGCUGGAUUUCCUCGCAUCCAUCGAGAUGGCAGGCAUUUGUGGCAAACCGUGUAUCGGAGAUACAACAUGUCACAAAAGGUGGAGUGUGGAACCAUGUCCCGGGAAUCGAGAACCCCGCUGAUAUAAUUUCGAGAGGGUCAACUCCAGCUCAAAUAGCGAACAAUUCUCUGUGGUGGGCUGGCCCAGAUUGGCUGAAGAAGGAUAUUCAAUACUGGCCGGCAAGUACUCACGUUCCAGAGCAGCAGUUUGAUUCGGUGACCCUGGAGGAGAGACCACUAGUAUCGGCAGUUCUACAUAUUCUGCCUCCGAACGAGAUUUUUACGUUGCGAUCAAGUUUGCUAAGUCUCAUACGACUGACUGCUUGGAUGCACCGGUUCUUGUUCAACUGUAAACCCCGGAACAAGUUCCAACGAAAGUCUGGAAUUUUAGCUGCCACUGAGCAUGAAGAAGCACUGCUCGUUUUGGUGCAACUUGCUCAAUCAGAGAGCUUUCCAUUGGAAUUGUCAGACCUUGCAUCGAAGAAUGAAGUCAGAUCCACCUCUAAGCUCCGAAGUCUCAAUCCUGUGAUGAUAGAGAGUAUACUUUGCGUUGGCGGCCGGCUCGGAAAUGCUCCAAUAUCGUGCGGGCGUAAACACCCGAUGAUCCUAGACAGCCGGCAUCCGCUUACGAAACUGGUCGUUAGCGAUUACCAUCACAGACUGCUCCACGCAGGGCCGCAGUUGAUGAUAUCCUGCAUCCGUGAAAGGUUUUGGCCAUUGAAUGUCAGAAAUCUAGCAAGGAAGGUAACGCAUGAAUGCGUGAAGUGUUUCAGAGUGAAACCACGAGUUAAUGAGCAACUGAUGGGAGAUUUGCCACUCGAGAGAGUUUCACCAGCUCCUGCCUUUCAAAGGGUAGGAAUUGAUUACUGUGGACCAUUUGAAUUGCAGCCUGCUACGCGGAAAGGCGCUCCGACAAAAUGUUAUCUCUGCUUGUUUGUUUGCAUGGUUUGCAAAGCUGUCCACAUUGAAGUCGUAAUGGACCUCACGACCGCAGCAUUUCUCGCCGCUCUAAAAAGAUUCGUGGCCAGGCGUGGGAGGCCGAUAGAAAUAUUUUGCGAUAAUGCUUGUAAUUUUGUUGGAGCACGGAGACAGCUGAAUGAGCUGCAACGAAUGUUUCAUCAGCAACAGCUGCAAGAACAUCUGUCGGCGGAGGCCGCUCAAGACGGCAUAACCUUCAAAUUCAUUCCAGCUAAGUCCCCCAAUUUCGGCGGUUUAUGGGAGGCCGCAGUAAAAUCUUUGAAGGCUCAUAUGAAAAGGGUCAUUGGCAACAGGAUGUUAAAACCUGACGAGAUGAGUACCGUCGUAGCACAGAUAGAGGCAUGCCUUAAUUCGAGGCCCUUGACCCCACUCAGCAAUGAUCCGAAUGACCUGGAAGCACUAACUCCAGGGCACUUCUUGGUGCAGCGCCCAUUGUCUGCAAUACCUGAACCCAGUCUUCUGGAGCUACCGGAGAACAGACUCUCUAGGUGGCAGUUGAUGCAGCGGUUCAGUCAACUGAUCUGGAAGCGAUGGUCAACUGACUAUCUAUCGAAUCUCCAGAGCCGUAACAAGUGGACAAGGCAUAGAGAUAAUCUGGACGUCGGAACUAGGGUUCUUUUGAAGGAGGACAACGUUCCACCUCUCAAGUGGAGACUGGGACGUGUAACCGAGAUCCAUCCAGGACAAGACGGCAACGUGAGGGUUGUCACCGUUCGCACGAAGGAGGGUCUCUAUCGCCGAGCUAUCUCCAAAAUUUGUAUCUUGCCCAUCCUUGAUAACCAGAAUGGUGAAUCGUCAACGUCAACACAGCCAAACUAA